CAGACAGGUACCAAACGUUUCCUUACCCAAGGCAGUUCGUCCCCACUUUGCAAAGUUCGCCCCAAAUGUCCGUUUGUGCCCAACGAAUUGUCAGUUCGCCCCCAAAUAUCUAUUUAUGUUCCAGAGUUUUAAUCUUGAAGAAUGAACAAGAUAGUGCUCCUCCUUCCUUCUAAAUGUUGCAGACAUUUGUUAUCUGACACUGUCAGUCAGUGCCAGUAUACCGCUGUCCGACAAUAUCGGUCCAUGUUUGUCAAGUCUUAUACAGCAGGUGCACAAUCAGGCAGCAGACCUUCAAUAUGGCACAAGCAUUGUCCAGAUCAUGGGAUAGUUUACCGUGGAGGACUUCUCUUAAACAGAAUACUGUCAGGUGUUCAUGCUGGUUCCAAAUUUAGUGAUUUCUUUGUUAAAGGAGCUCAACCAAGUAGGAAUUCUGCCUGCCAGUUGUUACAUGACAAGCUUGCCAUUAGUCAACAGCAAUCGUGUUUGUAUGGCACAUCUGGAUUUACGAAGCACAUACCCACUCUGUCUGUGAAACGACCUGCUAGGAAGAAAACACUCGAUGACAAGCCAGAAUUGAAUGACAAGUUGAAUGUGACUGCGUAUGCUGUCGCUGAGGAAAUCUUCCUGCAAGACUUCCAGAAAGCCAUAGAGAAGCAGGGACUGUAUGAGGUGCAGGAUCUCCCUGUAGAUGUAACUGAUGCUUUGUUUGUGCGAGCCAGAUAUGAAGUCGCUGCGCAACCCAGAGAAAUAUUCUUCUUUAGAGAGGGGUCUGCCAUAUUUUGGAAUGUCCCAGGUGUUGAGAGGAGAGAGGUUUUGAAGUUCAUUCUGAAGAAAUCUACAAGUCCAUAUGACAUGGAGCUUGUCAUUCAAGAACAUGAACAAAUGGGAUUCAAGUAUGAUAGUUCAGAAACUACUCUGUAUGGCGACACCAUUAUGCUAUCUGAAACCGAAAUGGAUCAGGUGCAGACAACUUUAGAAAAAUAUGCUUUUUCCAAUGCCUUGUCCCAAUCAGUCAAACUUGCUAUGUGGGAAGCGUCUCUGGAAAAAAUAGCAGAUUUGCUGGAGCCAGUUACUCAGGAACUGCGUGAUGGAUUGAAAAUUCGUAUGAGCCGUCGAGAUGUACUACAAAGAACAGGAGAACUAUUUGCUCUACGACAUUCCAUCAAUCUCAGUUCGGAUCUACUAGAUACUCCAGAUUUUUACUGGGACCGGGCGGUACUUGAACCCCUGUACCAGAAGUUGUGUAACCACCUCAAUAUUCAGAGACGGACGAAGGUGAUGAAUGAGAAAUUGAGCCACUGCUGUGAGCUGACUGGACUGCUCAGUAGUCAGCUGAACGAUGUGCACCACACGCGACUUGAGUGGAUGAUCAUCAUACUCAUCCUGGUCGAGGUUAUAUUUGAAAUUGUUCAUUAUGCUGAACGGUACUUACUUGCACACCAGCAUCAAGCAUGUGUGGACGAGGCACGUACUUCUGAGGAGGAGGAAUAAUUUUACCAGCAUACGAGUUAUAUUCUACCAGUCACUUGGUAAAACAAGAUUGACAAUUCUACCAGUCAUGAGAGUUAUAUUCUACCAGUCACUUGGUAAACCAAGAUUGACAAUUCUACCAAUCAUGAGUUAUAUUCUAUCAGUCACUUGGUAAAAGAAGAUUGAUAAUUCUACCAGCCAUGUGUUAAAGGAAGAUAGAUAAUUCUACCAAUUACGUGUUAAAGGAAGUGUUAUAAUUCUACCAUUUGUGUUGAAGAGUUCUAAUUCCACCAGUCCUGUGUUAAAACGAGUUCCGUCAGUGUGUGUCAACAUCCUUUGUUAGAGGAGUCGUAUUUCUACACAUAACAUGGUAUUAACGUUCAGCGAGCUGGAAAUCUUUGAAACUAUUUUAAAAGUAUCUUAAGAGCAGACGGGUCCCAUAGUUAUAAAAAGAGAUGAAAUGGGCUUUUUGUAGACUAAUGCUUGAAAGAUUUCAUCUCAUUAAUGUUGGAGAAUUUUGUUAUUAUUUUUUUUAAAGCAAAGUAGAUUUAUUAAAGUGUUCUUCUUUGGAAAUAAAUCAUAUUGUACUCAAA